AUGAGGCACAUGUGUGUGACACUGAAGCGGCGUGCAUGUACAGUGUCUUUCUCUCCGUUUCUUAUGUCUUAUUUUCAAAGCAUGCUCAUGCCGUAUCGCGAUAGCGUGCGGAGCUCCAAGUCGGACAAGGCGUCAAGUCGGACCGUCAAUGAAGAGGCGAAGGUUUCCCUUUCAGCGUUUAGUUUUCUCUUCUCUGAAAUGUGCACACGGGCACAUAAUACGCCGUCCAAGGCCUCCAACGUUGAAGAGAUCGAGCAGCGACUGACAAGUCUUGGUGUGUUGGUCGGAGCAAGGCUCAUCAUGCUGUCAUCUCUGAAGGAUCCAUUAGAGCUUCAGCGACGUCCCAUCACUAUUGAGGGUGCGUUGAAGCUUUUCCAGGACAAAUUGUGGUCACGCUGGUUUGGUAAGCCCGCUAAUGACCUUCAACGCGAGACGGGUUCCGAUCGCUUUUUUAUUUUUGACACCGAGCCCAUUGUAUUGAGGUACGUCUACCCAUCGCCCGAGUAUUUGGAUGGAGAAGGCCGUUGGAGCAUCAACUACGCAAGUUUUAUGGGUGGCAUCGUUGAGGGUGCACUGAAGGCCAUUGGGUUUGCCGCAGAAGUGCUCACGUACCACCAGCCAGAGCCUAGCAAACCCCAUCAAUCCAUCUUUGCUAUCUCUUUUGCAAAGCAUGUGUGGGAUCGUGAGAGACGAUUGCGUGGUUGA